CCUCCUUGGAACCAUGGAUCAUGUCAACUACACCUGGACACGGACCUUCAUCCUUGCUGGUUUCACUACCUCUGGUGCCCUCCGACCUCUUGCCUUCCUGGGGACCCUGUGCAUCUAUCUCCUCACCCUCGCAGGGAACUUGUUCAUCAUUGUCUUGGUCCAGGCAGAUUCAGGGCUGUCCACUCCCAUGUACUUCUUUAUCAGUGUCCUCUCCUUCCUGGAACUCUGGUAUGUCAGCACCACAGUGCCCACCUUGCUGCACACCCUGCUCCAUGGGCAUUCACCCAUCCCCUCGUCUGCAUGCUUCGUCCAGCUGUAUGUCUUCCACUCCUUGGGCAUGACUGAGUGCUACCUGUUAGGUGUCAUGGCUCUGGACCGCUACCUUGCUAUCUGUCGUCCACUGCACUACCAUGCACUCAUGAGCAGGCAGGUACAGCUAUGGCUUGCAGGUGCCACUUGGGUGGCUGGCUUUUCAGCUGCCUUGGUGCCUGCAUGUCUCACUGCCAGUUUACCAUAUUGCUUGAAAGAAAUAGCCCAUUACUUUUGUGACCUGGCACCACUAAUGCGGUUGGCAUGUGUAAGCACAAGGUGGCAUGCUCGGGUUCACGGGGCAGUGAUUGGUGUGGCCACUGGAUGCAAUUUUGUCCUCAUCUUGGGACUCUAUGGGGGUAUUCUGACAGCUGUCCUGAAGCUGCCUUCAGCUGCCAGUCGAGCCAAAGCCUUCUCCACAUGCUCCUCCCAUAUGACAGUGGUUGCACUGUUCUAUGCUUCUGCUUUUACUGUGUAUGUGGGUUCACCUCAGAGCAGACCUGAGGGCACUGACAAACUUAUUGCCUUAGUGUAUGCCCUCCUAACUCCAUUUCUCAACCCUAUCAUCUAUUCCCUUCGCAACAAAGAGGUGAAGGAAGCAGUGAAGAGGGUCAGUGAAAAGAUCAGAACUUUGUUGAGAGACACCUAAUUAUCUCUUUUGACAUUACCCACAUUCAGGGUAA